AUUCACCGAGACCUGAAGGCAAGAGGUAAAAUCACAGACGAGAAAGGGAGGGGCACCUUCCACAACACGACGGCACAGUUACACAUGGAAACAGCCGGUAGCGAAGGGGGGGAGACAAAGAGAAAGAAAGAGAGAAAAGGGAAGACAAGCAGACAUAGUUUCACUCUGGCGACAGUUGCCUGCUAAAGACAAAGGCAAAUAAGAGCUGGCAAUGAAGGCGAAGGACAGAGCAGAGUGUUGACUGAAGGAGUGAAGAGAUUAAUGGGAGACACCAGAGAAAAGAGUCAGAGAGAACAUAAAAAUAGUUUUGUGGAUACACAUUGACUGAGAGAGCAGUACAAGACCCAAAGGGCAACUGACAUCAGCAGAAAAAGAGAGCGCGAGAGAGAGAGAGAGAGAGUGAGAGAAAGAGAAAGAGAACGUGACAGAGAGAGAAAGAGAGCGAGAGAAAAAGAGAGGAGAAGUGGAAGUCAGUGCAAUCCUUUUGAGAUUGUAUUAAAACAUGUUUCAGUUCACCAUACAGACAGCAUAGGAUAGACUGACAGAACGAGAGAUAGAAGGCUUAGCAGGAAGAGAGUCAAUCCAACAGAUAGCCAUCAAGCACUUCACUCACAAUGCUGACGAAGGAGUACAGAAUAUGUAUGCCUCUGACAGUAGACGAGUAUAAGAUUGGUCAGCUUUAUAUGAUCAGCAAACACAGCAGCGAGCAGAGUGGAGGCGGCGAGGGGGUGGAGGUGCUCCGCAACGAGCCCGACGCGCACCCCGAGCACGGCGUGGGCCAGGUGACCGAGAAGCGCAUCUACCUCACCAGUAAGCUGCCAGACUGGAUGAGGAGGUUCAUCCCACGGCUCUUCUACGUGACCGAGACGGCCUGGAACUUCUACCCGUUCACCAUCACCGAGUACUCCUGUUCCUUCCUGCCAAAGUUUCACAUAAGGAUUGAGACGAAGUUCCAGAACGACAACGGGGAGAGUGAUAACGUGUUUGGAGACAACCCCACCCCAAAAGACAAUGUGUGCUUUCUGGACAUCUUGACUGAUCCGAUUCCCGACAAGCACUACAAGAAGUCAGAGGACCUGAGCUGCUGGGAGUCGGCGAGGACGGGGCGCGGCCCCCUGGUGGCCGGCUGGCGGAACAGCAGCCAGCCCAUCAUGUGCUCCUACAAGAAGGUGCACUGCAGCUUCGAGGUCUACGGCUUUCAGACGCGCACCGAGGAAUUCAUCCACAAGGCCAUCCGGGACAUCCUGCUUGUGGGACACAGACAGGCGGUCGCCUGGUUGGAUGAGUGGCAUGGGAUGAGUCUGGAGAGCGUGCGCGAGUACGAGAGAGACCUCCAGGAGGAGACCAACAACAAACUCAAAAGCACAGACAACAACCAUAAAGAUGCUGCCCCUCGUCCCGCCUUCUCUCGCUCCAUCUCGGUCACAGACGAGUGCUCUUUGAAGAAGAUGGGGGUGAGGCCUGCAGCCAUCCCCAACCCUGCCACCUCCUCCUCCUCCUCCUCCUCCUCUGCCAGCGCCUCCACCAAGUCCUCCUCCUGCUCAUCGAUGGGGGUGUUGAACAAAGUGAGGCUGAAUUCCACGCCAGAGUAACCGCACUCUCCCCAACACCCCACCCCUUCUCACCAGGGUACUUUGGACUCAGGCUCCAUAGACUGGCUUCACCCAAAGCCACCCCCACAUCAAACAAGCCACUAUAAUGUGCCUUCCAUCCCCAACCCCAACCAUGUCUACUACACACAACUGUGCCUACACCUGUGUGCCUUCCAUGUCUACUACACACGACUGUGCCUACACCUGUGUGCCUUCUGCCACAAAUCCAAAUACGACUCAAGAUGGUGGGCAUUCAGAGGAGUCACGUGGUUGACAUUUUUUUAGUUCUUUUUUUACUCUACUCAUUUAGAUCAAACCAAUGGACAGAAGAUGUGUGACGUGUGCAAUCAGGUGUAAGGAAGAAGUUGUAUAGAUCAAGCUGUUUUUCGAAUGGCAAUACCAUACGUUCCGUUUAGCUAUGGAGUGAGACUGUCGAAGCAUUGUAUUGGCUUCACAAUCUUCAGAAGCUAAAGGGGCCAAUGGGUUAAGUGUGGUUCACCUUUAGCCAUGUCAACAUUUUGACACUGCCUGUUUAAUCACGUGUGACCUUACCCCAGUAAAUCAAUUGUAAUCGAAGUGCAAAAUAGCCGUGAUCAAACAGUGUGAUGAGGAGAGAGUGAACGUUACAUUGGACACAAGUGUAUAUAUAUUUUGUCAUUUGCAUCUGCACAAUAAAUCCCCCUCGAGCUGGA